AUAUUUAGCUGGGGCAGGCCCUGGUGCCACUCGGGUUACAUCUGGCAUUGAAGCAGGCUGGGCCUGGUCAGACACAGGCUCCCUUCCAGCACCGCGGCAGAAUUUGAUCAUGCUGCCCAGCCCAGCUCAGAGCAGCUUUGUGAGGGGAGGUCGGAGGUGGGGGCUGGCGGCUGGCAGUGGCACCACGGCCUGGUAGGCAGAGCAGUAGGGCCGGCAGUGGCAUGGAUAUCAGCUUGAGCAUAGCGGCCAAAGAGGCCCACCAAGGCCUGGAUGGCCUUCCCAUGCCUAUGCCCCCAAAGGCAGCCAAGAAGCAUAAAAAGGCGGUUCUCUUCUUUGAGGUGGAGAUUCGGGAUGCAAAGACGAGGGAGAAGCUGUGCUUCCUGGACAAGGUGGAGCCUCAGGCCACCAUUGCUGAAAUCAAGAACCUUUUCACCAAGACGCACCCGCAGUGGUAUCCUGCCCGCCAGUCUCUCCGCCUGGACCCGAAGGGAAAGUCCUUGAAAGACGAGGAUGUCUUGCAGAAGCUUCCUGUGGGCACCACGGCCACGCUCUACUUCCGGGACCUGGGGGCCCAGAUCAGCUGGGUGACGGUCUUCCUGACUGAGUAUGCCGGGCCCCUUUUCAUCUACCUGCUCUUCUACUUCCGGGUUCCCUUCAUUUAUGGCCGCAAAUACGACUUCACAUCCAGCCGGCACACAGUGGUGCACCUUGCCUGCAUCUGCCACUCAUUCCACUACGUCAAGCGCCUGCUGGAGACACUCUUUGUGCACCGCUUCUCUCACGGAACCAUGCCUCUGCGAAACAUCUUCAAAAACUGCACCUACUACUGGGGCUUUGCUGCGUGGAUGGCCUAUUACAUCAACCACCCUCUCUACACACCCCCUACCUAUGGAGUUCAGCAGGUUAAGCUGGCGCUGGCCGUUUUUGUGAUCUGCCAGCUUGGCAACUUCUCGAUCCACAUGGCUCUCCGGGACCUUCGGCCGGCUGGGUCCAAAGCCAGGAAGAUCCCGUACCCCACCAAGAACCCCUUCACCUGGCUGUUCCUGUUGGUGUCCUGUCCCAACUACACUUACGAGGUCGGCUCCUGGAUCGGCUUUGCCAUCAUGACACAGUGUGUCCCAGUGGCCCUCUUCUCCUUGGUGGGCUUCACCCAGAUGACUAUCUGGGCCAAGGGCAAGCACCGCAGCUACCUGAAGGAGUUCCGUGACUACCCACCCCUGCGCAUGCCCAUCAUCCCCUUCCUGCUCUGACAGCUGCUCGUGGGCUCCCCACCCAUCGCCCCACUGUCCUGAUGUGGCCAUGUUCUGCAGCAGCAACAAUAAAACCUGCUUA